CCGCGCCCGCCGCCAGCCGAGCGCCGCCAGCAGCGGGCCGGAGCGCGGGCCGCGGAGCGGCGCGGAGCGGCGCGGAGCCGCCAUGCGCGGAGCCGCCGGGCGCUCUCUGCCGCUGCUGCUGCUGCUGCUGCUGGCGGCGGCGGCGGGGCCGGGCGGCGGCGAGGAGGCGAUCCAGUGCCCGCCGUGCUCGGAGGAGCGGCUGGCGCGUUGCAAAGCGCCGCAGGGUUGCGCGGAGCUGGUGCGGGAACCGGGCUGCGGCUGCUGCGCGACCUGCGCCCUCGGCCGCGGAACCGCCUGCGGCGUCUACACCGCCCGCUGCGGCGCCGGGCUGCGCUGUUACCCGCCCCGAGGCGUGCCGCGGCCCCUGCACACACUCAUGCACGGCCAGGGCAUCUGCACAGACCUGGCCGACGUCGAGGCCAUCCAGGAGAGCCUCCAGCCCCCAGAGAAGGAGGAGAUCGACCACCCCAACAACAGCUUCAGCCCCUGCAGCAUCCACGACCGCAAGUGCCUGCAGAAGCAGCAGGCGAAGCGGGUCAACAACGGCAACAAGAUGCGCAACAGCGGGAGCCCGUACCACCGCGAGGAGACGCGGCCCAUAGCGCAGGGCUCGUGCCAGAGCGAGCUGCACCGGGCGCUGGAGAGGCUGGCCGCCUCGCAGACCCGCACGCACGAGGACCUGUACGUCAUCCCCAUCCCCAACUGCGACCGCAACGGCAACUUCCACCCCAAGCAGUGUCACCCGGCGCUGGAUGGGCAGCGGGGCAAGUGCUGGUGCGUGGACCGCAAGACGGGGGUGAAGCUGCCGGGCUUCCUGGAGCUGAAGGGGGACUUGGACUGUCACCAGCUGGCGGACAGCAUGUGAGCGCGACCGCGGCGGCCCCACACCGUGCCGCGGCCAGGACACCCACCGGGGCUGUGUAGGAGAGGAAGAGCGGGGACGUGACCGCCGAGCAGCUCCCCGGUGCUUGAGGACCCCCGCACGCACCCCGGAUCGCCGCUGUGCUCUGCACCACGGGGCUGCCCACGGCACGGGGCACAGCACCGCGACCUGCACCAUGACCACUAGCCACCGCUGCCAAGGGGUCCCCGGCACGCGCCAGCGGCACCUCCAUCCUGCACGGACACUCGCUUGAACAGACGCUGCCCCGGGGCCGGUGUCAGGCUGCCUGGGUGGAGCGGCUGGAGAGCACCCACGAUGCUGCUGCCCCUCGGUGCUGCUUCUGCAGCCGCUGCUGCCCACCUGCCCCGUGGUGCCCCCCCGGCUUUUCACCCCGACCCCUCCAUGCUGCGGUGUGGCCGGGGGACCCAAAGCGCGGCGGCUGCAGCUCGGCCGCUGCCCCGGCCCAGCCUGGCACCGCAGGCAGCCACGGACACGUCGGCACCUCGUGGGGUGCUGCAGCGGCACCCCCGCCCGCAGUGCCUUGCCGUCCACGCCAGACCUCUGCGUGCGGCAGCAGAAGUGCCUCAUCCCGCCCUCCCCAGCGGUGGGAGGCUGCCCAGGGAAGGACCCGGGGGGGGGGGGGGGGCCUGGAGAGACACCACCCCCCACCCCAACACCGCCUGCCUGGGGCCCUCCCUGCCUCCAUCUCACCCAACGCACGUGCGUCCGAUGGGCAUCGCAGCCGCACGGAGCAAUAAGAGACCUUCCCCCUCCCCGCUGCAGCCCCCCGCCCCGGGAGCUGCCUGCCCCCCAGCCCAGCCCCAUCCUGCUCCCUGCGCAGGGACGAAGCUGAUGGCCGCUGAUGGCCGCAGCGCUUUCCUCCCGUGUCCCCCUGCCCCGUCCCCAGCCGCCAUCCCCGGGGCGAGGGGGGUCGGGCACCCCCAGAUGUGGGUUGUAUCCCCACGGGCGCUGGGUCCAAGGGGAGGGUUGGGGGACGAGGGACACCCGGGAAACACCUCCCAGCAGGAAGGGCUGCUUUUGUUUUGUUUUGUUUUUUCUUUUCUUCCCCAAAGAUUUUUAAUAUUUAAAAAAUGUCGUUGGUGGGAUUUUAAAUCUGACCGUGUGGCCCCUGAGGCUGAAAUCCUCCAUCUCUGCGGAACGGGGCACCGCCGGCCGUGGCUUCUGUCUUCUAUUCUUCCAACUUGGCCAAUGUGACAAAACCAGGAUGGAUUUCUGGAACGUCUCAGUGACGGGAUCUGCAGAUUUCGCCAGCACAAAGUUCUCAGCUGAGAAAUUGUCACUAUUUUUGUAGCUUUUUUUCUUUUUUUUCCUUUUUUAAGCUGGGCUGGAUAUUUUUCACCUAAAUGUCUUUUAGGUGAGAAAUGGCCGUGCCGGCUGCCAUGGCAAGCGUGCCAAAGACGGAGGGAUUUUGCUGUUUCCGCCCCCCCCCCAGCUCACCCCCUCCAUGGCUGCAGUGGGAGGUUUUGGUUUUCUGUGUGGAUUUGCCCCGUCCACGCCGCCGGGUGCCAAGGCCCCCGACGGGAACGAAAUGUUUCAGUUUUAGUGAAACACCCUUCUGCCCCUCUGGUCCCCAGCAGCUCCCUGGCACGGCAUGGCACGGCACGGCACGGCACGGCACAGCAGCUCCCACGUGUCUCGGAUGGAGCGAGCCGGGAUGGGGGCUGGCACCGGGCUCAGCACUGCAUCCCAUCGGCACGGCUUCGCCUGGCUUCUCGUCUGGGUGACGUCCCACGUCCCCAGGCGCACGUGUCCCAGCGUGGCCCCAGCACCUUCCACCGUGUGUCCCGCAGGGCUGCGCUCCUGCCCCUGCCCCGCUGCGAACCGCCGUCCCCGGCAGGGUCCCACGGAGCUGUCAAGCCGCCGGCUGCGUCCCUGCUUGGUGCCUCCUGUCGGAAUCCCCUUCCUGCCCUGGCACCCUGCCGGAUCCCCUGCCUGCCCUCGUGCCCUGCCAGAUCUCCUGCCUGCCCCAGCGCCUGCCCGUGCAUGGCCCCGCUCAGAGGAGGCUGCACACAACUUACCAACUGAGUCAGUUUGCCAGGAUGGUGCUCAGCAAGGACGGGGCUCCCUGGCCCUGCCGGAGCCCCCGGCCCCCUGGUGCCACCACACAAAGGAUGGGUUUCCCAGGGUGCGGAACGGUGCUGCUGGGGACCGUGGCUGGUCACAGUGCCGGUCCCGCGUGGCCGUGCCGGCAGCACCGUGGCGGGGUGCAGGAUGCUCGGCUGCCCGGGCCCUCCCCGCACGCAGCCGGGGCAGCGCCGGCAGAUCCAGCGGAGCCUCUCCUGGUUUUGGAGUGGCCGCUGGAUGCCGGCACUCGCCAGCACACAUUCUGUGUCCAGCUCGGAGGGCUCCAGUGUUUUAUAUCGUCUCUCCAGUAGUUUAAGGCUGUAUUUACACACGAUCAUAUACCAGCGUAAGGCUCCCCCACCCCAGCGGCGUUCUUCCACGCCGAUGUGAUUUCUGUCAGUUCCUCCUGGGCCAAGCCCAUCCCUUCGGACUCCCAUGUAGCACCGACCCUCUUUUACAGUAAACUUGAACCUUUAUAUCGUCAAAAAGAAAAAAAAAAAAAGAUAAUUGCUGUAUUUAAUUUU